AUGUUUUCGGCAUUCGGCCACUUUCUGCAGGGCAUGGCAGGUGCACUGGAGCAGUCGCCGGGCGCCCGCGGAAUUGAUGGCUUGCAGCAGAGUUUCCUGGGAGCUGUGGCGAGUGGCGUCGAGCGGGCCGUGCAGCGGACAGAGGGCCUCUCAGACGCGGACCGCCAGUGGGUUCAACGACAGGGCUCCCGCGUAACCGCUUUGGCUUCAGGUGGCUUUGAUCUGCUCAGAAAUACCGGACCUUUGCGCGACUUUCUGGAGCAGCACCUUGGGCGCGACUGGCACACGCAACAGUCGGGCCUGGAUCCAGGAGCGGUGGAUAGAUGGGUGGACGAACGGGAGAUUCCUCCUGAAAGCGUCUUGCCCGGCAGCGGCCAGCCUCUUGGCCUGCGAGAGGGCGAGGUGUGGCAGUGUCCGAUCUGCCUGACAGGGUGUGAGUCCAGCAACUGCGGGAGCAAUGAUGGAGCAUCGGAUCAAGGACGGCGCAUCUGUCUACUCUGCGACAGUGACGGCAAUGCCUGGCACGUGUUCCACAAGACCUGCGCCAAAGAAUGGCUUCUUGUCUGUCCGAGCUUUCAGCAGGUAGGCAGUUGCAGGCCCAGUUCUGGCCCCCAAGCUUGGCAAUGA